CAAGGAGAGUGUGAAGAUCUAUUCAAUGAGUACAAAAUUCAACAUCACCGUUUUUCGCCUUAUCGCCCGCAAACUAAUGGGGCAGUCGAAGAAGCCAACAAGAAUGUCAAAACCAUCAUCAUGAAAAUGACAACCAAUUACAAAGACUGGCCCCAGAAGCUGCACUUUGCAUUAUGGGGGUAUAAGAUAGUUUACAAAAAGGUAGAGAAUAAUAAAAAAAUAAAAAUAUAUAUAUUUUUGAAAAAUAUUUUAGGCGGGAAAAUUUUACACCAUAGUAAUAGGUAGAUUUUACCUUUACACAUACAAAGGGGCAAAAGCAAUAAAAAUAAAUCAAGUAGAGACUUAAAAAUAAACGUGAUCUCUCUCUAAAGUCUGAACCCUCCCAAAUUUGACCAAAGUGAACCGGUAUUCCCUAAAACCCUAAUCGCCGCCGUUGACGCCGCCUCAAUAACCACCAUCGUACUAGAACAUGAGAACCCUAGACGAGCAAGAAACCACCAUCGUGUUCGAGAAACUCUUCAAGUUCGUCGGCAACAACCUCAAGAACAUCGUCGACAAUCCAUCCUACGAAGGGCCCGCACAAGACCCGCUCCCAGGCCGGUACUGCUUCCGCCUCCAGAAGAAUCGUGUGUACUACGCUAGUGAAUCACUCGUGAAACGCGCAACAAACGUUUCGAAGGAGCUGCUGGUUUCACUGGGUGUACAAGUGGGGAAGUUCACCCACAGUGGGAACUUCCAUCUGACAAUUCACGCUCUAUCUCUCUUGGCCCCGAAUGCGAAGCACAAGGUAUGGCUUAAACCGACCUCAGAGAUGUCGUUUUUGUAUGGGAAUGCUGUGUUGAAGGCUCAUUUAGGGAGGAUUACUGAAGAUAUAAAUGGUGGUGAUGGUAUUGUUGUUUAUUCAAUGUCUGAUGUUCCUUUGGGUUUCGGAAUCGCCACCAAAUCGACCAAGGAUGUUCGUAAAUCAGACCCGCAAACUAUGGUGGUCAUUCAUCAAGGUGAUAUUGGUGAGUAUUUGAGGUUGGAGGAUGAGCUUUGAUUUUUGUUAGUGGAUAUGUAUGCUUUGUGAUAAAUUAUUUCACAAAUAUGAUCACAAUGUUAAACUAUAAUGUUUAAUUUUAAUGCUAAUCACCUGAGUCCUGAGCUGCAAUAUAUAAUCCAUCCUGAAGUGUAUUAAUUGAAUUGAUACUUGUAUUGAAUUGAUUGGUAUUAAGCUAAACUGAGGAAUUGAAGUUUAAGAGUGCUUAUUUGGAGGA